AUGUUGGGUGGAACAAAGGUUUUGAUAUCGGGGCCCUGCUUUGACGAUUCAAAUGUCAACAUCUGGUGCAAGUUCGGGGAUAAAGAUCCGGUAUCAGGCUGGGUUGAGAGUAACAUAACAGCAGCCUGCAUCUCGCCAUUUCUCGCUGUCCCUGGUAGGAUUCCGUUACUGUUCUCCACAGAUGGUGGGAAUACUGUCCAUGACGCUGUAUACACAUCAGUUGAUCCAAAUCGACUUGUGGCGGAAUUGGAAGUUACGGAAAAUUCGGAUGAGACCAUAACCAUUGAAUGGCAUCCCUUCAACAUUGAUGACAACGUGGUCAAUGUGCGCUUACAUGGGUUUGAUGAAGUUACCGGGACAUGGAACAUAAUUUCACAGUUGGCCACUAGUAUUCCAAAUACAGGAAGCUACACUUUAUCUACUGUGGAUGGGUGGAUACCAAUCACCGUUGUGAAAACUGGCGCCAUUUCAAUAGUUGCUGGGAAUGGAAUAUCUAGGGUGCUUUACGGAGCAAUAGGAACAUACAUUGCAGUAAAAGCUACCGCGCCUUCUUUGUGCCAAUCAUGGUACAAUGAGGAUAGCCUGCUUCCCGACUUUUUGGAAGAGCUGUCCAGGGACUUCCCGUGCCCGCGCAGGUUGAACCAGGCCCUGGAAGAUACAGGGUCAUUCCAGCCUGAUCCAGGUUGUUCUUCUGAGUCAUCAAGCUCAACGAACUGCCUCUACCACCCCGGAGCUCACCAUUGUGUGCUGUCAAUUGGUCAAACUCAUUUUGUAGCUGACGUCUACCCUUGGAACGUUUGUUGCAAACUGUCCAGCAACUGUGACCUGUACUUUGUACUACGGCCAGCCAACGAUGCAACCGGCUAUGUAUUCCCUUGGCCAGCCUGGACCUUUGGUGAUCCCCACUUCAUCACUCUUGAUGGCGUCUCGUACACCUUCAAUGGAGCUGGAGAAUUCUUGUUGCUCGUCGUAAACAACGGACAAUUCAGCGUGCAAGGCCGGAUGGAACAGCUAGCAAGCAACGGUUCUGCUUUGAGCGCUACGAUCCUCACUGCCUUAGUGAUGAAGGAAAAUUCAUCGGAAACUGUGCAGGUGCAGCUGAGUGAAGUACGCACCAUGGACGUCCUUGUUGAUGGGCAUCUGCAGGACUUCCAGGAACUAACUGUACAAGAGUUCAACGGUUUUAUGGUGACUGUGGAGACUGCCUCUGAAGCUCGGAUUUCCUUCAACUCCGGCAUCGGUGUGGCAGUUCGCGCAGUGGAGGACAUGCUGUCCAUCGCCGUAACUCUGCCGCGCUUCGCGAGAGGCAACACAGUCGGGCUGUUAGGGAAGUGGAACGGAGACCCUGCAGAUGACCUGACUACGCCAGACGGCGCCGUUGUCCCUGCUGAUAGCAGCACGCAGGACAUCCACUACCAGUUUGGAUUGCUGUGGAUGAUUUCUGAGGAGGACUCUCUGUUCACCUAUGGACCAGGACGAAACUACAGCAGUUUUUCCGAUCCUGGGUUCACUCCUAGUUUUGUAUCACCGUCGGUGGAUCCGGAGUUUCAGGCUGCAGCAGAAGAAGUAUGCGGAGACAAUCAAGCCUGUCUUUUUGAUGUACUCAUAACCGGAAGGUUAUCAGUUGCAAAUGUAUCAAUCCGAGCCGUCCAGGAGUAUACUGAACAAGUAGAAGAGUUAUUCACCUGUGGCUCGCUGGACCCCCCUGAUGUUGCCGGUACCCUGGUCAUCUCUAACUACUCUGUCGGUUCGGUUGCCACAUUUGAAUGUGAAUACGGGGUACUGGCCACGCCCUGGGAACGCGUCUGCCAAUCAGAUGCAAGCUGGAGUUAUGCCCCUCCCCCGAUCUGUGAUGUUGAGUGUCCGGUACUGAUGUCCCCGGACAACGGUGCGCUGAACUCAACUGACAAUUUUUACCCGGAUGUGGUGGAGGUAUCAUGCGAUGAUGGGUACGAAGCCUCCCAGGCUACAGUCACCUGCCAGGCCAACGGCACCUGGACAGGUGCUCCCACCUGCAAUGAUAUCAACGAAUGCGUCGAGGGUACCCAUAACUGCCAUUCCGACGCCAUCUGUAUCAACAACCAGGGUUCCUUCAGCUGUGCCUGUAACACCGGCUACUCUGGAGACGGCGUGGUUUGCACAGCCAUAGACUGCCGCCUGACUUUCCCGGGUAAUGACGUGAACUUUGCCAUCUACGACAACCGCUGUCACUGGUUCUCAAGGGGCAGUGAAGUAUUUGACUACAUGACUGCUGAACAGUUCUGUACGACUCGCGGAGGGAGACUGGUCACAGUCAAGGACUCUGCAAAACAGCAGUGGAUCGAAAACUACAUAAUCAACAACCUGCCAAGAAGGAACUUCUGGAUCGGUUUAAAAGACCGCCACAUUGAGAAGUCGUUUAUGUGGAGUGACGGUACGUCUUUCAGCAAUGGUGACUACAGCAACUGGCACCGAGUCGACAACCCGCCCAAACACCACAAACUCCGGGACUGCGUCAUCAUACAUCGUGUUCGCAAGCAAUGGGCUGUGGUUAACUGCAACAAGAAGCGGAACCGCUUCAUCUGUGAAAUGGCCAACCCCUAACCAACAAAGGGUGGAUACCAAGCAACAUUGACCUCCGUGGCUGAGGAGAAGUAAGCAGCAAUCUAUGAGAUGAAUUAAGAAUCAACGCA